ACUGCGCUUUUAUCGGUGGGCGGACUUUUAUUUUUGAACAGAGCAAACCAGGAAGUGGUGUGAUAACGUCACGUGAUUGGCAUGUGUCGAGAGCCGGGGGUACAGUUUUAACAGUCAACUUCAGACACGAUUAAAUCAACAACGCAAAUCGAUCCUAAAACAGCAAACAUCGGUAGAAGGAAUUAGUAAGAGCAAUUUCCCCCCUCUCACAAAGACGCUCCUCUCCUUGUGGUGCUAAACGUUUCCGCGUUCAAUAGCUAGCUGUCUCUGUAGCGAGUGGAACACAUGGAUCACUUUGUUUUGUAACUUCGGUAGUUAGCUAAUUAUUAUCAUGCUCCUGUCAUCGUUUAUACAUUUCAGCACACCAUCCAGAUGCCUCCCAAUAAAAACGUGUACGCGGUGUUGCCAGUACAGUACCGGAAGGAGCGUCCGUAAAGUCGAUACCCCAGUGUUGUUGAAGAACACAUUGACUUUCAACCGCAGUGGUGGACACGGCGGAAAGCAACAAUACAUUGGGUUGAAUAGCUCGCAGAAGAGAUGCUUUUCAUCUGAAUGUGACGAGGUUGGUCAUCAGCAUGAACAUGGGGAUGUGAGAGUGAGGUUCGCUCCGAGUCCAACAG